CAGGGAGCCCAAAGCCCUGAAAGGCAAAGAGCUGGGAAGGAAGGUGAGAAAGAAGAGUUUCUCCUGCUUUUUCCGCCUCCUUUCCAGAGAACAUCCUUUUCCCAGAUGGUUUGGAGCAUUGCAAGAAGUGCAUGCGCUCCAGCCACGCCGUUUCCCUUUCCUUUUCUUGCUGAUUUGUUAUCUCUGCCAAUUGCGCACAGCCAUUCGCUUACCAGGAAACGAAAGCACUUCUGAAUACUGCAGGACACCAUGCCUCCCGAAGUGGCCACGCUGCUCUGCUCCUGCCUGUUGUUCUUCCCUCCGAGUGCCAGGGCAGAUUUGGAGGUCACAGUGUUUCCAGCUGUAAUCCGUGCCAAACCAGGUUCUGAUGUAGAGUUGCCUUGUUCUAUAGUGGAUACAUUGAGGCCUAUAAAUUUAAAGCAGCUGGCUGUGAUCUGGAAGAUUGGCUCAAAAGUCAUUGCAAAAUAUGAAGAUAUAUUUGAGGCCAGAAGGCCAGGGGCUACAAUUUCAGUUGAGAAUCUGCAGAAGGGAAAUGCCACCCUCUUGCUACCAGGUGUACAAGAUUCGGAUGCAGGUCUUUAUAUGUGUGAAGUUAUCCAUGAACCAAACCAGGGAGAAGGAACUGUGCAACUGAAAAUUGAAGCUGCCCCAAACCUAACACAUGGCCCCACCAUAGUGCAAUUGGGUGUGCCAAGCAGUGUGACGUGUGUGGCAUCAGAUUUUUAUCCUGCUGACAUCUUUGUGACAUGGCUGAAAGAUGGCAAGAUAGUGAAACAUCGAGAGCGGGCUACUGCUCAUCCCCAAAGCAAUCAACUGUUUAGUGCGGAGAGUACAUUGGAGCUUACACCACAAAUUGCUGAUGUCAAUUCCACAAUUUCUUGCAAGAUUGAACACAAAGCAAUCCAACAGCCUCUUAUAGAGGAAUUUCAGCUGCAGGUACAAGCUAAACCAAUAGUUGAGGUGGUCACUUUGCCACCAGAAGAGAAGGAUUUCUGUGCAGCCAAGUGCCUAGUGAGCGGGUUUUACCCUGAAACAAUUCACAUAGACUGGCUGCAAAAUGGGGCUCAGGAGGAGACACUCAAGUCUCAGGCAGAGAUCAUGUCAGAUGGGACGUUCUCUAUUAAGGUUCUUGUCCUACAGAAAACGGGCAAUAAAAGCAUCUUUACCUGCCUAGUACAGCAUGAAUCUUUGGAUGCACCACUGAGAAAGGAAGUCCUCUGGCUGCCCAAAGGUGAGGGGGACAGUGUUACUCACCGCACAACCCUGUCUUCCCAAAGCCCUGGGAAGGAACCGACCACCCAAUCAUCCUGCCCCACUGCUGUCUCUCUGUGUCCAACAGAUCCACCUCCUCCAGAGACUUGUACAUCAUAUCUUCCUUGGCUAUAUGGAAUUAUUGGACUCCUUGUGGGGCUUGUUGUUGCUUAUUUAGCAACAACAUUCUACUAUAAAAAGAAAGCCACACCAUCUCCAGGAAGAGAAAGUAAACAUCUCCUUGCAAAAGCCAAGAAGAAUAGUGAGCAGGACACUUCAGAAUGCAAGGCAGAAAAGACCGAUGUUGGGCUACACCACACAAAGGUCCACCCUGAGCAGGAUGACAAAGAGGGUCAUCAGAAUAUAUUAGAUGUCAAGACAGAAGAACCACCUCAUGAUUCUGAUUCAGCGCUAUAGGAACAAUCAAAGAAGAAUUGGGACUGGGACAGAGAAAGGCCCUGACAUCUCAGAACCUGGGAUGGUCCUGCUUUGGCAGCUUUAAACAUAAAGAACUGCCAUACUGUAUCCCAGAGAUGUGCGCAAAAUUUUUGCCUUUGUUUAAUUCGUGCUGUCGUUUUGUGUCGACCGUUCAUCUACACGAAACGACAGACGACAGUUUUGUACGAAACAAUAGGCAACACGAAAAUGAAAGCCGCACAGUCAUCAUGCUGGCUUUCGUUUUCUGCCACAUGGCCUCCAUGGCUACAAUUCACUUUCUCGUGCGCAGGUGAACUAUAAAUACCAAUACCAACUGAUCCCAAAUGUCCAAGCCAAUUCCCCUCGAAACCCACCAGUAUUCAAAUCUGGGCUUAUCGGGUAUGCAUGGCAAGCUUGGUCCAGACCCACCAUUGUCUGGGUUCAUAGCAUUCUGGGUGUAGUUGAACUACAACUCCUAAAUUCCCCAGGAGGAGUCACAGUGCUCUGACUUGAUGCAGGGUGAACUACAACUUCCACCAUGUGGAGUCAAUCCCCCAAACUACUCCAGUAAGUUUAGUUGCUGCUCAUUUCUGCUCUGUUUGUUAUGCAGACAGAUUUGAAAGGGAAGGGCAGGAGGUGGGGUCAUGCAAAUUUCACACCAAUGGAGAACCCUGAGAUGCCUGCCUUUGGUGGAGGAAAAUGCAAAAUCUAGGAUGAAAUGUUCUCCAAAUGAAAGCAUUCUUUGGGUGGUGGGCCCUAGUAUUUGGGAAGGACAUUGGCAGGGUUUGGGCUACAUGUUCAUGGAGCUCGCUGUAACCACAAUGUCAGUGGACGGGAGUGACUUGGUGGCUCCUUAGCACUGGGAACUAUAGCCUGUUUGUGGAGGCCAGAGGCUGUCUGUGUGAGCAGACACCCAUGACACAUACACACAUACAGGUUUACACUUUUAUUAUGGACUAGCUGUGCCCAGCCACACAUUGCUGUGGCAUAGUCUGGUGGUCAGAGGAAUCCCUCUGGUUAGGAAGCAGCCUGGCUUUGAAGCUGUAAGGCUGUUCAGUGGUAUUCAAGGUGGCCAACAGAGGAUCCCCCUGGUUAGGAAGCAGCCUGGCUUUGAAGCUGCAAGGAUGUUCAAACAAUCAAACAAUAACCUAAUAAUAAUAGUAAGAAGAAGAAGAAGAAGAAGAAGAAGAAGAAGAAGAACUUCAUUUGGAUCCCACCCUACCUCCCCAUGGGGACUCAGGUCGGCUUCAAACAUAGUAACAGGCAAACAUUCAAUGCUUAUAUAAACAAUGCAGAGCUAGAUAUAAAUUUAUAAUUAUAGAUACUAAUUUCACAUAUGCAUUUCCCCCUGAAACGUUUGCAAAUCCCUGUGUGUGUGUGUGCGCGCGCAUUUCCCCUACAAUAUUUGCAAGCCCUAUAUAGUCUCACUUAUCCAACGUUCUGGAUUAUCCAACACAUUUUUGUAGUCAAUGUUUUCAAUACAUCAUGAUAUUUUGGUGCUAAAUUCGUAAAUACAGUAAUUACUACAUAGCAUUACUGCGUAUUGAACUACUUUUUUUGUAAAAUCAUAACCUAAUUUGAUGUUUAAUAGGCUUUGCCUUAAUCCCUCCUUAUUAUCCAACAUAUUCGCUUAUCCAACAUUUUGCCAGCCCGUUUAUGUUGGAUAAGUGAGACUCUACGGUAUGUAUGUGUAUAUAUAUAUUAGGUUAUUGUUUGAUACCAUAUUGUUUUUGUUGCCCCUACUUUUCCACUUAUAGAGCGAGUUUAUUGCUUUUCUUUGAAAUACGGAAAAUAUUCAAAAACAUUUAACCUACUAAUGCCUCGAUUAAUGACAUUUUAUUGGUAUUUAUUUUUAUUUUGAAAUUUACCUGUAACUACUGCAUUUCCCACCCCCGGCUUAUACUCGAGUCAAUAAAUUAUCCCAGUUUUUUUUGUGAUAAAA